GUACAAAUAAAUGAGGUCCAUUUACCCAAUAACCAAACGUAAAUAAUCCAUGACAUGGAUUUGGAUUUCGUUCACACUUUUACCAAAACGUGUAAUUUGACCCUGCUGGUUUUAGAAAUGAUAGGGUUUGAUGAAGGUUACGCCCCGCCCACACGAGCAGAAGGCGUCGAGUGGAUCGAUCCGACUUCGCGGCGUUUCCGCGGCGUGAGGCCCAGCGAGGACACCGUUAGUCGCUAACUAGUCGUGGAAGUCAUUUGACGCAACUUCACUACGAGUCAGGCUUCGCGUGGGCAUGAAAAGCAGGGAUGAGGACUUACUGACAGUCCAUACUACUGUGGACUACAGAGGAACAGAAAACCACAGUGAAUAGACCCGGCUCCCCAGCUGUAGAUGGAACGACUCCAAUGUGUGCAGCGUCGAUGUCGGCAGCUCUUCGCUCAAGAACCGGGCCUAGGCUCGUACUCGACCCAAAUUAACCGCCACACCAAUUCCCACUCAGUAGAUCCACACAGCGCCUCACAGGGAUGGCGGGAGAAGAGGAGAACCGUUGUUGCUCGCCACGGCCCCCGCCAGCAAGAGCUGAAAGACAUGUCCAAAGUUUACAAGGGCAACGCCAUCCGCACUACCAAGUACAGCAUACUGACCUUCAUCCCUUUGAACCUGUUUCAGCAGUUUCACAGGGUAGCCAAUCUCUACUUCCUGUUCCUGGCUUUGCUGAACUGGGUACCGGUGGUUGAAGCGUUUCAGAAGGAAAUUACAAUGAUUCCUUUGCUGGUGGUUCUUGCUGUCAUUGCCGUUAAAGACGCCUUGGAGGACUACAGGCGCUACCUCUUUGACAAAAACAUCAACUGCAAAGUAGCACAAGUGUACUGUGGCAAGAAGAGAGCCUACAUGGAGAAAUACUGGAAAGAUGUUUACGUUGGAGACUUUGUACGUCUGCGCUGUGACGACAUCAUCCCCGCGGACAUUUUACUGCUGUAUUCCUCGGAUCCUCGUGGCAUUUGUUACAUUGAGACUGCCAACCUGGACGGAGAGACCAAUCUGAAGCAGAGGCAGGUGGUUCCAGGCUCACACCUGCAGGAAAGAGAGUUUAGCCCUGAGAGCUUCCACAGUCACAUUGAGUGUGAGAAUCCCAACAAUGACCUCGGCCGGUUCCGAGGUUUCAUGGAGCACCCAAGUGGAGCUCGUGUUGGCCUUCACAAUAACAAUCUACUACUAAGAAGUUGCACGGUUCGUAAUACAGACACUGUGGUGGGCAUCGUGGUCUAUGCUGGACACGAGACCAAAGCCAUGAUGAACAACAGCGGGCCAAGAUAUAAAUGGAGCCAGUUGGAGAGGCGCCUGAACGUUGAUGUCCUUUGGUGUGUGUUCCUGCUGAUCAUCAUGUGUCUCACCACUGCCAUCGGCCAUGGACUCUGGCUGAAGAAGCUGAAAAAUGCAGUAUUUCUGACUGAGGAGGACACGUCUCCUGCUCUGGCUGCCUUCCACGUCUUCUGGACCAUGGUCAUCGUGCUGCAGGUGCUGAUUCCCAUCUCUCUCUACGUGUCCAUUGAGAUUGUGAAGCUGGGCCAGAUCUACUUCAUCCAGAAUGAUGUUUACCUCUACGACCAGCACGCCCACCGCAGGAUCCAGUGCCGCGCGCUCAACAUAACCGAGAACCUGGGUCAGGUCCAGUACUUGUUCUCUGACAAGACCGGAACUCUCACCGAGAACAAGAUGGUGUUUUGCCGUUGCAGUAUUUAUGGGAUCGAAUAUCCUCAUGUGGAAAACGCACGAAGACUGAAGAUGUAUGAGGAAGAGAAGAGUGAAUCCCUGAGCCGCCGUUCCUCCGGCAACAACUGCCACUCAGCAUGUCUGCCCACACCCCCCGCUGAGUGGGAGGGACCUUCCAACCACGUCCUUCCAAGCACUGGUGCCUUCUCCAACCAAAUGAUAAAGGAGGUGAUACCAGACCCUGAGCUGAUGAAGAAAUUGAGCGGGCUUUGUCCUCCUAUGCUGCCUCUUGGUGGUAGUUCUCCGAGCCGAGAACUCACCUAUGUCACAGACUUUUUCCUGGCGCUGGCUGUUUGCAACACUGUGGUGGUAUCCUCUCCCAGCCACACCGUAUCUGAAGCACAAGCACCUGUGAAGUCUGUGGAAGAAAUGGAAAUGAUGCCUACUCAAACGGGAGCAAACCCUGGGUGCUCAGAUAGAGUAUUCACACAGAACACCUUCAAAGUCUCUGACAAACCGUUGGAAGACAUCGAAAUGAUGCCUACUCAAACGGGAGCAAACCCUGGGUGCUCAGAUAGAGUAUUCACACAGAACACCUUCAAAGUCUCAGCCCCGGUUUGUCAGACGACGGAGGGUUCCACUGUAAAGCCAGUGGAGGACGAGGCUAUGAACAUGAUUAGGGAAGGUGCUUCUGAGAAUGACACAGAUGACGAACUGCGAUACGAGGCGGAGAGUCCGGACGAAGCUGCUCUGGUCCAUGCGGCUCGAGCAUACCACUGUACCCUGCGGGGACGAUCUACAGAUGGCCUUACUGUCAACAUGCCUGGACUGGGCACUCGGGCUGUCCAACUACUCCACACCCUGCCCUUUGAUUCCAACAGGAAGAGGAUGUCGGUGGUCGUCCGCCAUCCUGUCACAGGACAAGUGGUGGUCUACACCAAGGGCGCGGAUUCCGUCAUCAUGGACCUUGCUGAGACACCAAAAGGUGCGGAACAGGCUCCGGAGAGCUAUAGUCACAUUAGAGAGCAAACCCAAAAGCAUUUAGACAGCUACGCUGGAGGAGGCCUGCGUACUCUCUGCAUUGCUAAAAAGGUGCUAGAAGAAGAGGAAUAUGAGGUGUGGCUAAGGAAACAUUUGCUGGCAGAGACUAGCAUUGAGAACCGGGAGGAGCUGCUACUUGAUUCAGCCCAGAGACUGGAGACCAACCUCACUCUUUUGGGGACCACAGGCAUCGUAGACAGACUACAGGAGGAGGUGCCGGAGACCAUUGAAUGUCUUCAGAGGGCCGGUAUCAAAGUGUGGGUCCUCACUGGAGACAAACAAGAGACAGCCAUCAACAUUGCCUACGCCUGUAGACUUCUAUGUCCCCAGGACCAACUUCUGACUGCCAACUGUGACAGCAAGGAAGCCUGCGUGGCUCUUCUUGAGGAGCUGAAAGGAGAAGUGGAGUGCAGGGCAGAGAGAGCGAGUACUAAGACUCCUCAGGGAUCAGACUUCAGUUUGGUCAUAGAUGGCCGCACCCUUGACUGGGCUCUAAAAGAGGAAGCCGAGAGCUGCUUUCUGGAGGUGACCAAGUCCUGCAAGGCUGUGAUCUGUUGCCGGUCCACUCCGCUUCAGAAGAGCCAUGUGGUGAGACUGAUCCGGGACCGGCUCAAAGUCAUGACCUUGGCAGUGGGCGACGGAGCCAAUGAUGUGAGCAUGAUCCAAGUAGCCGAUGUGGGCGUAGGGAUAUCUGGUCAGGAAGGAAUGCAGGCUGUGAUGUCCAGUGACUUUGCCAUUUCAAGGUUCAAGCACCUCAGCCGGCUGCUGCUGGUCCACGGCCACUGGUGUUUUUCUCGUCUUGCCAACAUGAUCCUGUAUUUCAUCUACAAAAAUGUGAUGUUUGUGAACCUGCUGUUCUGGUUCCAGUUCUUCUGUGGUUUCUCUGGCAGCGUCAUGACCAACUCCUGGGUUUUGAUAUUCUUCAACCUGUUCUUCACCUCCGUGCCGCCGCUCAUCUACGGCGUGCUGGACAAAGACACACCCGCUGAUAGACUGAUGCGCUCGCCUGAGCUCUACCGCUCUGUGCACACCUCUCAGGCCUCUGCUUGGUGUGUCUUCUGGUUGACGGUCCUGGACGCUUUCUACCAGAGCCUGGUGUGCUUCUUCGUGCCUUACUUUGCCUAUGCUGGAUCGGAUAUUGGCCUGUUGUCCUUGGGCUCGCCAAUCAACGCCUCGGCCCUCCUGGUCAUCCUGCUGCACCAGGUCCUGGAGAGCCACACUCUGACGUGGAUUCAUGUCGGGGUGUUGGUGCUGAGCGCUGGCUCCUACUUUGGCUUUGUGCUGCUCUUCAGUGUUUGCUGUGUGACCUGCAGUCCCCCCACCAACCCUGUGGGUGUAGAAGGACUCCAGAUGUCCCAUCCUCUCUUCUACGUGGUGUGUGCUCUCACCAUUGUGACAGCGCUGUUACCCAGGCUCCUGGUCCGGGUCCUCUACAACACCAUGCACUUCUCCCCUCCAAGACUAGCCACUUACUGGGCCAAAGUAGAAGCUCAGAGGGGCCACAGAAGAAUGUGCUGCCGCAGCUUCAAGCUCUCCAUGACGGAGUGUGGUGAUGACCAGCACACCUUGGAGUGUGGUGAUGACCAGCACACCUUGGAGUGUGAUGAUGACCAGCACACCUUGGAUCACAGCACACAGUCGGUCAUCUUCUGACCUUUGAGAAGUUCAAAUGAAAAGCUGCCAACACCAAGUGAAGUGUUGGAGUUCACCGCUGUAUUUAUAUCUCUACUUUACUCAAGUCCUGGAAACAUUCCAGGACACAAGCUGUCAGGUCUGGGGAUGUUACACUCCAAAAUGCUGUCAGGUGUGGGGUGUUACACUCCAAAAUGCUGUCAGGUGUGGGGUGUUACACUCCAAAAUGCUGUCAGAAAUAACAGACAGACAGGGCUUUGCUGUCCGUAACACACACACACACACACACUGCAAAAUGAGCUAACGUUACGCUAAAAGCGAAUUAGCCUUCACCUCAAGCCAGGACUGCGAGCGAGCUGAGCUGCCUUUUAUAUUUCUAGAAGGUCAACGGGCUCAUAGUGAUGUCACUAGUAGUUGAAUGGGAGGUGUUUAUUAUCAUUUGGGGAGAGUCUGCUGCCUGAUGCUUACCUGCUAAACGCUAAGCACUGACUACAUGCGCUCUGAAUAUGCACUGCUGAUUGGCUGUUACCGCUCUGUUUGUAACCAAUCAGAUGGUUGUGUGGGUGGGACAAUGCUGCGUGUGUACCAAUCAGAUGGUUGUGUGGGUGGGACAAUGCUGGGUGCUGUGUAGAGGACUGACAGAGGCAGAAGGGGCUACUUAAUAUGUUCGUGUGGAAACUCGUUCGGUACACCUCCGAACCGAACCGAAACCCCCUUACCGAAACUUUUCAGUACAAAUACACGUACCGUUACACCCCUACAAAGCAGACUGUAUCAGUUAUUGUCCGCCAUGUAUGUCACGGACUCAACGUCUAGGUCCAGAGUAUAUAAAGUCAGCAAAAAGGAAUAGACGAUGAAGGUGAAGGCAAAAGAGUGAGGAGUGUCCUGACCACAUAUCUACAUCCCUAGAUUGAUUGUUGUCAAAUGUUCUUGAUCACAUUGUUUACAUGUUUAAUAAAGAUGUGAUUAAUGUAUGAUGUCUCAGGUGUGAG